AUGAGGGAAAAUAAGAACAUGUCUGAGUCCCUCUUUCAAGCGGGAAAAGAAGUACCGGUCAAGAAACACAAGCUAAGCAGUGAUGAGAACAGUAACCCAGAUUUGUCAGGGGACGAGAACGAUGAUGCUGUCAGUGUUGAAAGUGGCACCAACGCAGAGCGCCCUGACACGCCCACCAACACCUCCAACGCCCCAGGCAGGAAGAGCUGGGGCAAGGGCAAAUGGAAGUCCAAAAAAUGCAGAUACUCUUUCAAAUGUGUCAACAGCCUACGAGAAGACCAUGGCCAACCUUUGUUUGGAGUGCAGUUCAAUUGGCACAGUAAGGAGGGAGACCCGCUGGUGUUUGCCACAGUUGGGAGCAACAGGGUUACGCUUUAUGAAUGUCACUCUCAAGGAGAAAUCAGACUCCUUCAGUCUUAUGUUGAUGCUGAUGCCGAUGAGAACUUCUACACAUGUGCGUGGACCUACGACACCAACACCAGUCACCCCAUGUUGGCUGUAGCCGGGUCGCGAGGAAUAAUUCGAAUUAUUAACCACAUCACGAUGCAGUGCAUCAAGCAUUAUGUAGGUCAUGGAAAUGCAAUUAAUGAGCUGAAGUUUCACCCUCGGGACCCAAAUCUUCUCUUGUCAGUCAGCAAAGAUCAUGCCCUUCGUCUUUGGAACAUACAGACGGACACAUUAGUGGCCAUAUUUGGUGGAGUGGAAGGUCACAGAGAUGAAGUCUUGAGUGCUGAUUUUGACCUCCUGGGUGAAAAAAUAAUGUCAUGUGGGAUGGACCACUCACUUAAACUUUGGCGAAUUAACUCUGAGAGAAUGCAAAAGGCCAUCCGCGGAUCGUAUGAAUACAACCCCUCAAAGACAAAUAGGCCUUUCGUGUCACAGAAAAUCCACUUUCCCGACUUUUCCACAAGAGACAUCCACAGAAAUUAUGUAGACUGUGUGCGGUGGCUAGGGGACCUCAUUCUUUCAAAGUCGUGUGAAAAUGCCAUUGUGUGCUGGAAACCAGGAAAAAUGGAGGAUGAUAUUGAUCACAUCAAACCAAAUGAAUCAAAUGUCACCAUCCUCGGACGUUUCGAUUACAGCCAGUGUGACAUCUGGUACAUGCGUUUCUCCAUGGACUUCUGGCAGAAGAUGUUGGCCUUAGGUAACCAGGUGGGAAAGCUCUAUGUUUGGGACCUCGAAGUGGAGGAUCCACACAAAGCCAAAUCUACCACGCUCACACUCCCCAAAUGCACAUCAGCCAUCCGUCAAACCAGCUUCAGCCGCGACAGCAGUAUUUUGAUUGCUGUGUGUGACGACGCCUCUAUCUGGCGCUGGGACCGGCAACGCUGA